CUUGCCAGUAAUGUCUAGAUUUGAAUAUAAACUAAUUGUUCAAUUUCCAUUGGAUCAUAAUCUUCUGUUAUGCUUACACAUGGUUUCUUAACUCAUUAUCAUGAUCAGUGAGGUGGAGGCACUAUGGAAAUUGCUGUAUAACGUGCAUUUAAUCUGAGUAACUAAAUCUGCUGUUUCUUGUCAACAACUGGUAUAAAGUUCUAUUAAGGCAUUAAUAUAGAAGAAGUUGAAUUUCAUGCAGAUGUAAGUGCUAGAGGCAGUUCCCUGUCAUCCUAAUUAUAUUAAUCUAUUAACGAAUCUGUAAAAGUUCUAUUCAGAUUUAUUAGAUGAUGCGGUUCAAAGUAUUAGUUUUGUAACAAAGCGAUAAUUCAUGCAUGUAUAACGUGUAACAUUAUGCAAAUUUUUGGCUCUUUUGUACUGCUAUUGACUCGUAAUAUUAUAUAUAUGUGAAAUCCUAAUUGGAUUCCCACUGGUGUCUAUGUUAUUUCAAAUCCAGGCCUGAUUCAAGAGUGGUGAGAUUGAUUGAAAGAAUGGGCUCAAUUCGCAACGAAAAACAGAAGCGGGUUCUAUGUAUGAAUAAGGUUGACUUGGUUGAAAAGAAGAAAGAUCUACUAAAGGUUGCUGAGCAAUUCAAAAAUCUUCCUGGAUAUGAACGGUGCUUCAUGCUCUCAGGACUGAAGGGUGCUGGAGUGAAAGAUCUUGCUCAGUAUCUAAUGGAGCAGGCAAUAAAAAGACCAUGGGAUGAGGAUCCAUUUGCCAUGAGUGAAGAAAUUAUGAAGAACAUAUCACUGGAAACUGUGAGAGAAAAAUUGUUAGAUUAUGUUCACCAGGAAAUCCCAUAUGGCAUUGAACAUCGUUUGAUGGACUGGAAGGAGUUACGAGAUGGCUCUCUCAGGAUUGAGCAACACUUCAUUACUCACAAGAUCAGCCAACGCAAGAUUCUUGUCGGGAAGAAGGGAUCCAAAGUCGGGAGGAUAGGUAUGGAAGCUAACGAAGAGUUGAGAUCCAUAUUCAAGAGGAAUGUCCAUCUCAUCCUCAUGGUCAGAGUCAAAUGAUCCCUUCAGCGGCUGAAUCGUGUUUAGUAUUGUACUAAUAGUCUCGGUCGUAUAUAUAGAAAGAUUUGCCAAUAUAGUUUUCCAAGAUUGUUUAGGCCCAUGGAACUUAAGCUCUUCUUACUUAAUUAUUCAAUAGUUCAUCAUUGUUAGCAUGGUAGUCAGAUAGUUAACGAGCUUUUUGUUUUUCCAUGAGCUAUCAGCAUCAUUUUUUUCAAGAAAACUGCUGCUCCCCCAGAAUUGUGCUGGAUCAGUUUUGCCUUUCGGUUUAGAUAUAUCAAAACUUUGUAUUUAUUGUUCCAAAAUAUUAUAUAUCCCCGGAUGGAUGCGUCGUGUGUGAGAACAACAUGCAAACACAAUAAUUUUGGUUGACAAUGGUUGGUCUCACUGUAACAGGUGUUUCUCAGCAUUUUCUGUCA